ACACACACACACACACCAUUUCCAUUUACAAGAAAACAAUGAAAAGACCCCUCUUUCUUCAUUCUCCUUCUCGAUCGAAUUUAAUGGUGAAGGUUUUCCCUAAAACGAGCAAUAGGAAUGGACCCAUCAAAAAGUUAAUCCCUUUUUCUCUUUACAACCGGUCUCCCACCUAUCGAAGGCUUCCGGAGCAGCAGUUUCUCAAUCUCUCUGUUCAUAAAUUGGACGGCUCUUCAUUCAGUCUUAAUGUGGCUAGAAAUGCUACAGUUGCCGAGCUUAAAUUUGCUGUGGAGGAGGCGUUUAAUCAGUUCCCCGACGGCGAUAGAACAAGAUUAUGGGCCCUUGUAUGGAGCCACUUCUGCUUGUGUUAUGAAGGCCAGAAGCUGAUACACGACGUUGCCUGCAUAAAGAAAUACGGGAUCAAAGAUGGCGAUCAGCUUCGUUUCAUCCAGCAUUUGAGAGUAGACCUUGCACCAACACCAGAGGCGCAGGCCAAGGAUCGGAGAGUCAAGUCCAAACACGGAUCAACAUGUAAUGAUGGUAGUGAAGAGUUAAGGUACUUGCUUCAACAACCCAAGCCCAGAUUAAAACCUUCUUUCAAGAGGUUGCUCUCAUGCUCUAAUUUUAGAGACUUGAAAUGAAAAUUCAAGAAUGAUACUUUCAUUCUAAUUUUGGAAGCAUAGAAAUGCAGCCAGGUAGGAGUAGGAUCAGUUCAAGCAGUAGUGAAUGAUGUUUUGUUGUGUUAAUCUACCAUCUAUAUAAGUUUAUGUUCUUUUUUUUAGAGGGAAAAAAAGUUUAUAUUUUUGAGAUAUCUACUUUUAUUUAUUUUCCCUGCAAAACUCAUAAAAGGACUUAUAGCCAACACAUCAUGUUUUGAGUGACAUUUUUGAAAAUAUUAUAGGUGAAAAUGAUAAAAUAAUCCCUCAUUUUCUCAAUGAAUAACUAUAGAAUAAUUUACACG